AGUUACUGUGAGUUAUUCUUAUCUGAGAGGAAGCAAAGGUAUUUUUGUGUGUCUGAUUCUGCUGUUACACUUUGCAAGAGAGAGGAGUUGAUAAUGUCUUCAGAACGUGGUGCUAACAAACGGCAUCACAACCCAGUGGACAGUAUAUGCAGAAAGAUCAAAUCAAUCCAGAUGAUGGAUCAAGUCUCUAAUCCUGCUUUGCAAAUACCAAAAUUUCAGUCUCGCAACUUUGAUAGUCCACAGUGCAAUGUAAAAAAGAAUCUAGAAGAAAUACUGAAGAAAAGAACUUUUAGAAGUCGUAAUAGUACCAGUCCCCCCUUCUUCAGUCCCAGCAGUGACAGUGUUUUCUCCCCAGACUUGCAGUUGCUGCCACCUUCUUCCAGAUGUAUUUCAGACUGCGGUGCUGCAGAUGCUACGUACUCUGUCAUUAGAAGGGAAGAGAGGAUCAGCAGCCCAUGGCUGCCGGCGUGCCCCAUGGACAACUAUUCUCCACCUUACUUCACAUCCAGGGAGGAGAACGCCCAAAACCAGCGGUGUGCUUUAGCAAACAUUGAAUCUGAGGAUGUGCAUCGUGAACAGAAGUAUGUUACAUCCAGUCCACAUCUACUGCUAUUUGCAUCUGAUAAAAAGUUGGAAAGUCCUGCGAUCCAGCACCCUGUGCCAAAGAGAUUCACUCUGAGUGAAAGAGGACAGAAGCAGUCAUGUGGCUCAAAAACUGAUGACAUGCAUAAUGUGAGCUUGAUCUGUGAAGAAGACAUACUGACCAGCAUAUUCCAUGCAUGUGACAUUAAACAUACAGGAAAAGUAGCAGUUUCCAAGAUAGUUGAUUAUUUGAGACACACCACAAGCCGAGGACUAGAAGACAGUGGUCUUGACGAGCUGUGCAACAUGCUUGACCCAGAUCAAAAAGAUAUCUCUGUGGACCUUGAAACAUACCAUGCCAUCAUGAAAGAGUGGAUUGAAGACUGUAAGAGGAAGUGGGAUGAUAGUCCUACUGAGGAACGAACAGCAAGCAUAGAAGACCUGGAGUUUAAAGUACACAGAAACACCUUUGAAGUAAAAAAGACACCUGUUUGGAUGAAUGUGACAUCAGGAAGCUUGGAGGCGUUUGGGGGUGAUGUGUCCAAAGGAGACAUGGAGACAUCUGACUUGAUAACCUGCGUCGCAGACCUGCAGUACAACAACCUGAAGCUUCAGGAAGAGAACAACAAGCUGAAGCUUACCCUGGAAGCUGUGGAUGAGACCAACAACAAGCUAUUGGCAGAGAAUGAGAAUUUAUGCCAACAAAUAAAAAGCAUCCAGCAUUCUGUGCUGAAGGCCAAAUCACUGGAAGAAGAACUAGAAGAAGCAAAAAACAACUUGAACCUUUUGGAAGAGAAGGGGCAGAAGAUAGUCUGUCAGAAUAAACAGCUGGAAAAAGAAAAUCAAUCUCUCGUCAUCAAAAUAGCUUCUCUUCAAGAAGAGAACAUUAGAAAUAGUAUGGACACUGAUGGACUUCAAAAGAAGAUUUUGGAUCUCUCCAAAAAUGCAGCAGAGCUUCAAAUGCAGGUACAUAUCUAUGAGAGCACUGUGGUGAAUAAAGAGGCAAGCUUAAUCCAGAAGGAGCAGGACAUCAAAGAACUAAAGUUAACCAUUGUGGAGUGUUCCUCAAUUAUAGAGACUUUGCGGGCAGAAAAGAGUAAGCUACUGGAGGACAUGCGGCACAUGCAGCAGGAGUUGAUCUCAAAUGGUUUGAGCUUCCCGUUGAUGAGCAAAGUUAAUGGUAGUACUCCUGAAGAGAUGAAUUCACUGGACUGUGAACUGGAACUUGCUCAGUCUUCUGAGAUUACCAAGACUGAAUGGACAUCCCUGGAUGAAACUCUGGACCGUGAAGUACUGUUCUUACUUCAGGGACCUGAAUAUGCGGGAGAAAAGUUUAAGGCUAUUAUGCAAAAUCUGCAAGAAGAAGCUUCUGCAGCAGAGGAGCUUGUCAAGACUUCUUUACAAUGGGUAGAAGAUCCUGAUGUGAAUGUGCAGCAGGCCUGGGAGAGAAAACUUGUGGUUCUCGAGCAGGAGUUAGGAGAGAAAAGACACCUUUGGAUCCAGAAACUCAAUCUCUUGGAGAAAUACAAAGAAUCUCUAGAUAAGGAUUUUAUUAGAAUGGCAAGCAACCUGAGGCGAACCAAAACAGAGCAACUUCACCUAAGGAAAGAGCUCUCUGCCAGGCAACGUGAGAUAGAAACUGUCAAACAGUUGCAAGAAGAAGCUGCUGGCCGGGCAGAAGCUCUUGGUUUAGAGCUACAAAAAGCUACGGAGCAGCUUGAGGAUGCCAGCAAACAGAGAGAGGACCAAGCUGAAGCCUUUCACUCUGCCUGUGAGGAAGCAACAUCCCUGAAAUGCAAGUUAAAGGAAGCCAUUUCUGAGCAGCAAAAGCUCAAGGAUGUGAACGCAGCUCUAACAAGCACUUGCCAGUUGCUUCAAGAAAAGAUGGAAGAGCAGAAAAGGAACUGUAACACUGACAGUGUGGGGAAGAAUCUCCCCUUCAUAGAAGAACAAAGGAGACAUAAUCACAAGUUAAAAGGUUCCCAAUUUUGUCUGCCUGAUGGAACUUUCAAAACAAAGUACGCUUUUAAAACUCUUUCCUGUGAAAACUAUUCCACUGUUAUUGCGCUGAGAGGGGAGCUGCUUAGAGAGCGACUCUGUGAAAGGCUGUAUCAGCUCUGUGUAGGUGAAGAAUCUGUUUACAGUCUGCUGCCUACAUCAGCAGAACCAGUGAAAAGGAAGCAGCUCUGCUGCCUUAAAAGACCGUGGAGUGAGGGAUCUACCCUGUGCACUGAGUUUUCCAGGACCUUGCCCUCAGAUAUUUCAUACUGGAGUCUUACUCCUCUGCUGGAUGCUCUAAACCUGGAAACCUCCUGCCCAAUUAACUUUCCUGUGCACAGCUGGAAUCCCCCUUACAGACGGAGCUCUGUCACCUGCCUCUUUGAAAACUGUGGUCUGUGGCACACAUCCAUUUCAGAUGUGACGUCAGUAGGGUGCAAGUGGAAAAUAUACUCUGCUGGUGGCUAUACUGAUUCAGACCUUCCUGUUUCCAUUUCAAUGAUGGACUCUUCACUUACUGAGGUGGACUGUGCAGAGCCGUCAGUACCCCUCGGUCUGAUCCCGUCCAGUGAUAACUUAACUUCUCCUCAAGAAGUUCUUGCAUCCUCUUCAGAAAAUACUGUGCCAGGCUGCCUUGUGAUGGAAGAGAAGCUGCCCAAGUACUCAUGUGUGAAAGAGGAAGUUGUGCCAACUUCUGUGACAAUGGAGCAAAACAACAACCAGGAUGCGGCUGGUUCUGUGUCAGAGCCUGACCUUAUCAAGAAGGAGUCCACCUCCAUGAUAGAAGAACACAAAGCAGAUUCCAUAAAGAAAGACCUGGAAAUGGAAAAUGAACCUACUAAAGAACAGAGUGAGGUAAUGUCAGCUGUGGUUCCCAGCAGGAAAGGGAGUUCACCCACUGCAGGUGGCCUCAAAGGAGAUAAAGUGAAACAAAAUGAGCCUGACUCUCCAAGUGAGAAAGAGGUGGAGGCAGAAUUUCUAAGGCUGUCUUUAGGUUUUAAGUGUGACUUGUUCACUUUGGACAAGAGGGUGAGGCUUGAAGAAAGAUCCCGAGAGCUGGCUGAAGAGAACUUGAAAAAGGAGAUUACAAAUGCUCUGAAGAUGCUGGAGGCCUUAGUUCCCUUGUGUGAAGAAGAUAACCAAGCACAAGAGAUUAUUAAGAAACUGCAGAAAAGCUUGCAGUUUCUCAGCCAGUAUGCAGCCAGAGUUGCCAGCAGAGCAGAAAUGUUGGGAGCUAUUAACCAGGAGAGCCGUAUCAGCAAGUCUGUGGAAGUAAUGAUUCAGCACGUGGAGAACCUGAAGCGCAUGUACGCAAAAGAACAUGCAGAACUUGAGGAGCUGAAGCAGGUCCUGCUCCAGAAUGAGAGGUCAUUCAGUUCUCUUGGAGAUCGAGAUGAAUCUACAAACAAAAAGCUCCCCAAUUCCUUUAACUUCAAGCCGUCACCAUCCUUACGAAGAGUUAGCAUUGCAACAUUGCCUAGGAGCACUGGAAAUGCAGGUGUUGGGGUGCAGCUGGCCCAACUACAAGAAACUGGUGGCGAUGAAUGGAGUGAUAAAUUCCACAGGAGAUCAAGCAGUUGGGGACGGCUAGGAGCACGGCAAAAUGAGAAGCGUCCUUCCCUACAGCGAUUCAUUAGCACCUAUUCCUGGACAGAGUAUGAGGAUGAACAUCCUGAAGCUAAAAAUGAGCAGCUGGAAUUGCCUGCUGAAAUGCAAGAACAACUAUCAAGAAAGGAAAGUACUUCUGAAAAAGGAAAGCGUCCAUCAAAAUGGAACCUGAAGUCAGCGUGCAAUUUAGUGUCAUCGUGGGCAUCCCAUUUCAAGACUUCCUUUUCCAACGCUAACAAAACUCUCUGGGUUUCCGUGUCCAUCCUGGUACUGCUUGCUGCGUUUACAAGCUUCCUCACUGGGCUGUCUCUUCAGCGACCAGCAGAUGCAGCACCUGUGGGAACGGGGGACUCCUGGACUUCACUACAGCAGCUGUUGUGGCCAUAUACAGGACUUCAACACAAUGGACCACCCCCAGUAUAACUAAGGUUUGGACCUGUGUAAAGUUACACUUCUGAGUUCUAGUUGACAGUAUGAGAAGCUACACUGAGAUAUAUAUUUAAAGUCAUGGUUUGGGUUGCGGGUGUUUUGAGGGUUUUUUGUGUUCUCAUUCUGCCAAAAGUUAACUUUUCGAAUAUCUGGGGAGGGGAGGGGGGGGGGUGUCUUAGUUCUAUUCAGGUUUAGAAUAAAGCAGGUAGUGAUUUUGAACAUGGCUUGCGAUAAAUAUGACUAAAUGGUCCAGCCACAAGAGAAUACGUAAUUUAUUUUAAUACAGAUGUGAUAGUUACAUUUUAGUCAUUAAAGCUGUUCCAAUAGUUUGACUAGAAAAAGACUGAAGACUUGAAAUGUGACUUUAUUGAAAGUUUUUUGAUAAUAAAGUUUUAAAUGAAAGCA